AUGGUCACUCGUACAACGGAUGAUGCAUCCAUAGGUCCAUCAUCUACAACCUCCCAAUAUGCUUCCUCGUCGUCUACCAACCUUUUAGGUUCUGCAUCGACACUUCAUGUUACUCCUCACGGAGCUCAUGUCCAUCCUGGAUCGGCUGGACCGUCAACUGGGGCAGUCAUCGACCCUGAAGAGCAUGAAUAUGAGGCUCUGCCUCUAGGUUCAGGAUGGGCGGUCAAUAUGGCUGCGGGUGCGAUGGCAGGAAUUUCUGAACAUUCAGUCAUAUUCCCAAUAGAUUCCAUCAAGACACGAAUGCAAAUCCUCCCUUCGACCGCUUCUUCCCUCUUAGCCACCGCCACUUCGUCAACCUCAUCUGCUUCCUCUUCCUCUUCCUCCACACCUCGCCCUGCACUCCCUCAUCGACCUCAUCAUACCCUUCCGCAAGUCGCUACGAUCGGUCAACAUCUCCGACUUGUCAGUACGACAGAUGGGCUCAGAUCCCUAUGGCGAGGUGUAGCAAGCGUCAUCAUGGGCGCUGGACCCGCCCACGCUGCGCAUUUUGGAAUGUACGAGUUUGUAAGGGAGAUCAGCGGGGGUAGAGGUGAAGGCUGGUGGGGUGUAGGAGGAACAGCUCUUGCUGGUGCCGCCGCUACGAUCUCGUCUGAUGCCCUUAUGAACCCUUUUGAUGUCAUCAAGCAACGUAUGCAAGUUCAAAAUUCGCCUUAUCGAUCCGUCAUUUCAUGUGCCAAAUCCGUUUACACAACCGAAGGACUUGCGGCGUUCUACGUCUCUUACCCUACGACCUUGACCAUGUCUGUUCCCUUCACCGCCGUUCAGUUUUCGGUCUACGAAAGUCUCAAGUCUCUCUUGAACCCAGAUGGUAGUUACAGCCCGUUGACUCACGUCACGGCUGGUGGAUUUGCUGGAGCUGUCGCGGCUGCCGUGACUACUCCAUUGGACGUGGCAAAGACCCUUCUCCAAACUCGUGGAUCUUCGUCCGAUCCUCAGAUUCGCCAAGCCAGAGGCAUGUUAGAAGCACUGCGGCUGAUCCGGGAACGAGAUGGCGUCAAGGGAUUGAGAAGAGGUUGGAUACCUAGAGUUUUGACGGUUGCACCGAGUACGGCCAUCAGUUGGAUGAGUUACGAGUUUUUCAAGGUCCUGAUUCGACAACGCGGAACCCUGCCUGAAACUGGUCAGGCUUUGUAA